GCCCGGCGGCGAGGGCGGCGGGUCCUACUAACCUCCUCCCUGCGCGCCCGCCCGGCCAGUGCGCCGCUCGCCCGCCAGCCUCCCCGCAGCUCCGCCAGCAUGUUCGGCGCCCAGCAACAGGUCCAGCAAACGCCGCUGCCGCCGCCGCUGCCCCAGCAGCCGCAGCAGAAGUUCCCCCGCCCGCCGCCGCCCAUGCCCUGCUACCCGCCGCCGCCGCAGAUGCCCAGCUACCCGCCGCCGCCGCCCUCCUGCCGGCCCUGCUUCGAGCCCCCCGGCCCGCCGCCGCCCCAGUACAGCCCCUACCCGCCGCCCCAGAGCUGCGCGCCGCCGCAGCAGCCUUGCCAGCCGGCCCCGCUGCUGCCCCGGCCCAGCCCGGCCCCGGUGCUGCCCCGCACCCGCCAGAGCCGCCCGGCGCCGCUGCCCAUGCCCUUCCCCGAGCAGCAGCACCAGCACCAGGAGCCCGGCGGCGGCGGCAGCGUGGUCUACGAGCGCGUCCGCACCUACAGCAGCCCCGGCGGGAAGCGCGUCCAGCUCCUCGAGCCGCCCAACUGCUGCUCGCCGCGGGCGCCCUCGCCGGCCGAGACCACCCCCGGCUACCAGCACGUCAUCUGGAGCACCGAGCCGCCCCUGCAGGAAUCCUCGUCUCCAUCCUUGAAAUUGUCCCCUUAUUCCCAGGGCACAGUCCGGAGGAUUAUAUUAGAGAAUCCUGAACAGGAGCCACUGUCUCCACUUCUGAGAGGAGGGAAUAAUGUGAUCAUUGAAAAAACAGUAAGAAAAUACGAGCUGCUAAAUCCAGAACAAGAGAAGCAGUACCACUAUGCCCUGCAGCACACGCAGGCCGACCCGUGUCAAGUCAGCCAGCCAGUGGAACGUGUUGUCCAGCAGUGUCAGCACACGCAGACGGGCGGCCCUUGCGAUAUAACGCCCAUUUACGUCAACGAUGGGGGCAACCACACUGUGAGGAAAGUCACUGUUCAGACCUGUGAACCGGUGAUGUGCGUCCCAGAAGCGAAUGACCAGUUGGACUCCCGCUACUUUGGCGAGCUCCUUGCAGAGCUGAACCGCAAAAGCAAUGACCUACACAGCUGUUUGCUCCAGCAUGUCGAGAAACUAGGAGGAAGAAGAUAUGAAAUUGACUCUUUUAGUCAGACAGAAGAUAUUGAGAGUUUGAUUCCUAAAGGGCUUUCAGAAUCGACCAAGCAGCAAAUCCGUUACCUCUUGCAGAUGAGAGUGACGGCGGAUAAGUCUAUGAGGCUGGUCCUCGCCACGUUCAGCAAUCUUCGAGAGGAACUCCUCCAUCUUCAGGAUGACUUAGGGAAACUAGAAACUGACAAAGCGUUACUUGAGAAAGACCUCUCCUUCAAAGAGUGCCAAGUGAGGGAGUAUGAAACGCUUCUGGCAUCUGUGCGAGAGAAUAAUCGCCAACAGCAGAAAGCCCUCCGAGAGUCUACUCUCAAGUGUCGCUCACUGGAAGAACAGCUCAUCUCUCUCCGGCACAAUGAUGGGGACAAGGAAUUUCGGCUGAAGGAUCUGGAGUACAGCAAACAAGCUUUGGAGCAAGAAGUCCAGAGCCUCAGGCUCCAGGUUUCGUCAAACCCCCUGAUCCAGACCACAACCGAUGAACUAUCCAGCCGCUAUGUGGAGAUGAUCAACCAACUUAGGGAUGAUAAAGACCGGCAGAUCCGCAGCCUGAGGUCUCAGUUAUGUGACUUCCAGAAGGAUAUUUCAAAGAAAGAGGGGACUGAUGCUGACCUCCAGAUGCGUCUGCAUGAGUUGAACUUGAGGCUGGAAGAGAAGGAGUCUUGGAUUAAACAGCAGGAAGAGGAAAUCUUCAGGCUGAAGCAAGAGAAAUUAGCAGGCAGCCCAUCCCAAGGAAUAACGAAGACCAUCAUCACUAAAAAGUACAGGAACCAGUAUCCCAUUCUUGGGCUCUUGUCUGAUGACUACAAAGUUACAUCACCUGUCAAAGAAUCACAGACUAUUGUAAUUGAAAAAACUGGAGAAAUGUGGAAGCAGGAAUCGUUUACUUCCGAUUAAAGAACUGCUUGCUUCUUUCAGGAAUGAACAAGCCUCCAGGACAAGUCCCAGCCGCUCAGAGGAGUACACAGUCAAAUGAACAUUCUUUUAGUCUUCCCUUCUGUUGUUUGUUUGUUUUCUUUUCCAUUCAAAGUUCUCGUCUGAAACUUGAAACCAGCCAGGGUUGGGGGGUGGUGGAUCAAGAACAUGCUGCGAGAUGUAAUAGAUUUAGAAGCAAAGCUUGACUUCUGUGAUGGUUAUCAUUCAAAUGUGUGUUUCAAAGUCUUCUACCUUCCACCUUCACACCUCAACUGAGGAAUCCUUGAAGACCCGUGUACGACACUUUUACCAUCCUUUCAUCCAAGUUGCUCAGGGCACCAUAGAUGUUUCUUCCGUCUUCUGUUUUAUCACAGCAUCCCCUUGAGGGAAGCGAGGCUGAAAGGAGGACUGGCCCAAAGUCACCCAGUGGGCAUCGUGGCUGUGUGUAGGUUUGAAUCACGGUCUCCCAGAUCCUAGCCCAACCCUCUAGCCGCUGCUCUGCAGUGGCUCCCACAUCUGCCGUGGCGCUCAGGAGGGUGUUGAGGCAAAAGAUGCUGCCUGCUUGGAGGCAUCGAGUCCAUGGCCAGGCCUGUUUCCCCGUCUCGUUGACCCCAAUGAAGAAUGCUGGCCAUACUGAAAGAAAGAUGAGUAGUUGCAGGGAAAGGCUGUCUGCCGUGCUUGAUCUUCUCAUUGAGAAGCCCCGGGCUUCGUCAGAAUAUAGUUGGAAAACCAGCACAUAUCAUCUUGGUAUCCUUCAAAAACAAGCCCCGCAUUUAUGACGGUAACUUACUUUUAGGAGUUACAAGUCACAUUAGAUGAACAAAGAACAGAGAAGGGGGGAGUUGUAAAAGAAAAAUAAGGCUGAGGAGGUGGAUCACGUGCCUCUGGAAAGACUGCCUGUCACAACCUAGGCAAGGCACAGAGAUUCUGGGGACCAAGCCUUUAAUACAGGGGUCCUCAUCAUUUUUGAGCCUGUGGGCAGCUUUGGAAUAAUGGCAGAGUGUUGUGGGUGCAGCCACAAUGUGCCUGCCACACUUAAAAAAAUCUGCACAGCCAAUCAAAUCUCCAAUGGCUAAUCAGAAGCAUUGCUGGGCAAAAGCCCCCACCCCUUGACUCCGCCCACUUUCUAAAAACACUUGCCAGGCACCAUGGCGAGCACAGUCCCUACAUUGGGAACCCCUGCUUUAAUAAAAUAUUCCUGAUUUUCCAGUGAAGAUGCUCAGAGUACUCUUCUGAUUGUAUGCCGACUUCUAUUGUGCCUGUAGCGCAUCUCCCUCCUCCAGCCCUGAUUUCCAAAAUAAGAGUUGUUUUAUUGACUUACAAAUGGGCCAGGAAGGAAAAUCUGGAACAAAAAUUUCCCACGUGUGUUGGAAAUGAGCGUGUGAAUUGCCAUGCUGGAUUGGUGUACUGAAGAUUUAGCUGGAUCUUAUACUGAGAUUUCAAAGAAAUUUACAUGGAAAUUAAAUUUUCGAAGGGGUGGAUGGUUUCUUUUAUGUGGGAAAGCUUAAAAUGAAAAAAAUUGCUUGGGGCGAAUUCUUCUGCUCGCAAGAGAGUACAACUGCCAGUUAAUUAUGCAAGGAAUUUGCUUUUAGGUGUGGGGCCACAGACUUCUUGGUGGGUUUCCGCCGUAUAUGAGGGAGCAACCAACUAAACGAUUUGGGUUGUGCUUAAUGGAUCACGACGUUUAGGUCAGUCCUUCACAGGACUGGUGCCCUACCAAGCUAAGGUGGACUUUAACAGCCAGAGGCUAGUGCUUUCUAAGAAGUGACAACCACGUUUUUGCACUCCUGAGCAAGUUUACCUAAAACUGCUAGUGGCCUGUUAUACUUGGUUAGCAGUGCUGCCUUCAGCUUGGCAUGGCUCGAAGAGUGCAGGGACCUUUAAAGGUUGGGGAGCGGGGAGAUCGCUCCCAGUAUGGAAACUAAAGGAGGAAUUACCUGUGUUUCUAUGAUUCUAUGACCUUUGCAAGAAAAGCAUAGCCAGCCAGAGUCCUUUUGAAAACUUGGGACUGGCCCAUGUUGGGUAUGUUGUGAUCUAUCAAAAAGAACAUUUCAUCCAAACACUACUUAGCUUAAGGCUUGCUUCUCUACUUUUGGUUCCAUUCUGUGCCGUCCAGGUGAAAUCUAGGCAGCUGGACGGAAGAGGUUCGAUGACAGUCUCUCAAAAAGCCAUUGAAGUGAAUAAAACCAGGAGAAGCCUCCUGCUACUCUGGGCAUAAUUGCCACUGGGACUUGGGCAGGAGUUGGUCAGUGUUUUGUGACUAGAAGUGUGGGGUAUGCAGCUGCAAAAUGUUGGUUUGCUAGGUGAUUCUCAGACUUGCUUUACAUAUAUGUUUUUGUUUCUUCUAAAAGCCUGAUCAAUAACUAUAUGAGGGUUAUUUUAACAUCUCACUAUGUAGUCUGUUUACUGAUAAGCCCUUGACCAGUUUACUGUUUUAAGACGUGGCUGUAUCAUUGUGAAAUAAAGAUCUUUAUAAACUUGG